CAGUGAAGUGCGCAUGCGCCGCAAGUUCCGCCAGCAAACGCGAAGUGCGAAGCGCCGGCGCCAAAAAGUUAACAACCAACGCAUCGAAAUAAACCAACCAGCGUGCCCGAGAGUUGUGAAAAUCGAUUAAACAGCAGGUCCCAACGAAGAAGAAAACCGCCAAGAUGCUCCAGUUGUGCACGAUAUAUGCGUGUGCCAAUGGCACCCUGGGCCUCAACUUGAGUCGUGCCCCCUGGGAUCCGUAUCCAUGGGUCAGCGGGGUGCAGGCGAAGUCGAGUGCGGAGCGGGGUGGCGUUCGGCUGGGCGACACGCUCCUCGAACUGAAUGGCGCCGAUGUCCUCGGGCUGAGGAUAAGUGAGCUGGCCAGCCGAUUGCAGGAUCACUGGCAGAGCGGAGCGGAGGUCGUCACCCUGAUGAUGUGGCGCCAACAGGCGAAUGUUGCCCCGAACGAGGAUCCUGCGGAGGCAUCGCACGCUGUGCAGCAUGGAAUUAAUCAGCAAUCGCUGCAAAAGUUUGCAACAUGCCUGCAACAUAUUUCCCAAUUACUGGAGUGUCCUGUAUGCCUCGAGGUCAUCAAACCACCUGGCUGGCAGUGCUGCAAUGGACACGUGCUCUGCAAUAAUUGCCGCAGUCGCUCCGUGAAGUGUCCUGUGUGCCGAGUUCCUUUGGGGCCACGAGGACGCUGCCUGCUGUCGGACAAAUUGUUCACGUUGCUCGCGGAGAGCUUUCCCUGCGACGGCGGGAAGUCCAACCAGGUGACUGCGGCCCAGGGCCAUGAAAAACUGAGCAGCGUCAACAAGUGCACAAAUGAAUAUCAUAAUCAACCGAAAAUGGCGCUGGCCAAGUCGAGUUCGGGCAAGAAGUGCGGCAAGCAAAUCUCCAGGCAACUGGCAAUUUCGGCGCAGCCCCAGAUGCCAAAGGAGAGUGCCCAAACUGGCGGUGAAAUCAGGAGGAAAAGCCACGACGAGGAGGCGGAGGAGGAGGAGGCUGUCCUGCAGCGUUGCACGCUGAUAAAAGUGCAGCACCGGGAGACCGGCGAGGACUUUUCGGUCGGAGGUCACAACAAUAUGCUCGUUAAACCAAAGUUAAAGUUGAGUAAGAAAAGUUGGCGGACUGCGGGGCGAGAUCAAGACGGAUUGCGGUGCGAUGAAGCUGCGGCCACCACCAUAAAUAAUGGCGACCAGGUGGGCGACGGCUCUGGCUCCGGCGAGUAUCAAAAUUAUCAUUGCCCCACUGGGAAAUCAUGCAGCUACAGCUUCGGCCAGCCGUUGGGCAACAAAUUGUCAACGGUCGAGAUGAGGGACUGCUCCGCCUCCGCCUCCUCCUCCAGCGACGGAGGCGGUGCAUCCUUAUCAGCGGGGAGCCAUAAACAGGCGCCGGCAUCCGGAGUAAAUCAGGCUGUGGCACUGGAUCCGGGGUCAAUGGGUCGCCUGGAGUGGCAGCUGCUGCGGCAUCUCAGCGCCGAGCACCGGCUGGCGGUGCUGCAAGUCUGCGGCACGUUCGGCGAGCGGUUGCACGUGCGCCCCCAGUUGCCGCACGAGGGCGUGGCAUGCCUGCGGCUGAGCGAGGGCGACUCUUUUGCGUCCACUUUGGGCCACGUCAAAGUGCACACAUUUUUCUUGGCUGUCAUUGAGAUCGGUGGCAGUGGCGGUGGCAGCGGCGACGGAGAGCACGCCGUCUUCCUGUGGCACCAGGACCUGCCACAAGGACCCACUUUCGAGUCAGUCAUCGCGACACAAUGCCACCAGUUUCGGGGACCGGCUCAUUCACUCCGGCGCAGCUGGCCGGAGAUUAGGGCAUCCGGCCAGUUCCUCACCUGCCGCAAUUUGGCUGCCAACUACGAGGUGACCAUCGAGAGAAGGUAGACUCCGCUUAACAUAGACUGGUCCCAAAGUUUAGUGCAUAGUAGUUAAAUCUAAUUAGCUUUAAGACCCCGAACUGAUUUCCCUUUUUGGCUCUCUGCAAAAGUACCGAUAGAGCAGCAAACUAAAACGGAACUUAA